AAAGAGAUCUAUCUGGCUUCAUGGUCACCUCAGUUUACUCUUCUACAGCAUCCUACUAUACUCUUCUUUGUGACAUAUGGCGGGAUUGGAUCUAUAAAGUUAUGCGUUUGUUUGUAUAUCUCUUUUUUGGUGACUAGCCUAUCAAUGCACGCUCCAUUGCUCGUACAGGACUAG